CAAUGACACUCCCUCUCGGCUUUCCACUUAUUCAAGUGCAUCUACUCUGAGGAUCAGGUUUAAUAGAGGUAAGUCAUCCGUCUAUCGUCUAAAGGAAUUAGUUGGUACAUUUUCGGCCAAAAACUACAUCCCCUGGAAAGACUCCAGAACAGAAACCGCUCAUGAAAUUAAAGCUGCUCUGCCACACAUUAGCUCUGUAUUCGUAGCUGCACAUUUGCAUGCAGUGUUAGUGAAGAACAUGCAACUUCAGGCUCGGAAUAAUUAAUGACCGAACACGAACAAUCGUUUCUUUUUGUGGAGAACGUAAAUUCGGUUGAAAUAUGCAGUGAAAACAGGAUGCAUUAGUGUUCUUUUUUGAAACAGUCUACAGACAUUCGUUAUUAACAAUCAGUACCUAAUAACUGACUGCAAAAAAAUUGUAUUUGUUAUCAUUGAUAGCAAAUUGAUUGAAUCGGAACGUGACUCUCUCUUUAAAAAGAGGUCGAAAUUCUAUGUUUGUGCUUUGUUGAAACAAUCAAUGAAGGAAAGGUAGUUAUUUGUCGAUCUGAGCACGAACACAGACCAAAUCCUUUGCUUGUUCUGAAGUAGCUAGAUAAUUGAACAACCACAGGAUAUCUGAAGGUAAACCACAGAACACUCGAUCAAGUCCUUCUUAUAUUGUCUUAGAAAAUUAUGCAAUAGUGGUCAUUAAUCAACCUCACAAAGCAAAGACAGAUUCUGCCCCGAAUCACAAAUCUGUCGAAUCUGAGCGUUUUUUAUUUCUCGUUAAUCUUUAACACUCACGAUCUGAUUGUUAAUUCUCCCCUCUAGCUGCUUCACAUUUUCCUAUAAAUUAGUUACGAGAAUUUGGUGUUAAACCAAGAUAACAACUUAAACCUGACACGUUUGAAUAUUCUCAUUACUUGUUUGCUGGAUAAUGUAUGAAUAUCAUAGGGAGAAGUUACAUGUUAAUCACUUCUGGGAAUUAAAAGGUUAAUGAAACUUCCUUGGUGACUACAUCGCUGAGCUCUUCAGAUGUCAGCUUUUCGAAUUCCCGGAAAUUGAAAAUUAUUAUAAUGAUCAUUUUAACAAAACUAACGAUAAUACUUGCUCAAAACAAAGUACUUGACUCCCUUUUUUUGCAGAUCAACCACAACUUAUUUCUGCUUCGAAGAUGGCAAAUUACCGUUACGUUCCUCCGGACGAGUUUACUCCAGAGUCUCGGAUGAACUGGAUUCAUUUGGGCAGAGUAACGAAGUGGAUUCAAGAAGAAGAAGGAGUGGUAGAUAAAUUCACCCUCUUCCUUGAAGGUGAUCUUAAAGUUUACAUUUAUUUCCUUUCCCACGCCAUGUUUCGGGUGCGGUUCAACCCUGACCCCAAAGCUCCGUAUGUGAAGACUCGCUCUCCAGCCACUGAGGUGGAAAGGAUCGAGGCCUCCGACAUCAAAGUCAAGGAACAAGGUGGAUUUCUAAAGAUUGGCACUGACAAGAUCGAGAUCCAUGUCAAUUUGAAGAAAUACGCCCUGUCCGUGUACCGCGGUGGCCAGUUAAUUCACGGCGAUCCGAGUGACUACAACCUAGUCUAUGUGAAGCGUGAUGACGGUGGUGAGGCUACCGCUCAAUUCAAGAUAGCGCCGACCAAUGCUCAGUAUUUCGGAUUUGGAGAGAAGGCAGGUGCAACGCUUGACAAGAGACGUGUUCCCAAACAGCAUUUCUAUGGCCAAUACGCAGGGGAAAACGAGAAGAUCGGAGCUGCCAUGACAUUUUUCAACUAUGACAACUUCGGUUACACUGCACCAGAUCUAACACCCGAUGGUGAGGUACAGGGGCCAUUUAAUCCUAAUUCUCCAUUAUAUCAGUCUUCACCGUUCUUCAUUGAGCACAAUCCAGAACCCACCGGAGCGUUCGCUGGUCCUUCGUACGCCAACGGAAUCCUGAUCGAUAAUACUUCGCAGACAUUUGUGAAUUUUCGCCAGGGAGAUCAGUACUACUUCGGAGCAUUGCACGGGGAGCUUGAUUACUACUUCUUUGCUGGUAAGCAUGUGGCUGAAGUACUGAACGAGUUCACCCAGCUGACCGGGCGCACUCAGUCGAAGCCAAAGUACGUAUUUGGCUACCACCAAGGAGGGUAUGGCCCCAACUACAACACCAAGUGGAAGCUACUGGAAGUGGCGCUCAAGUACCGUCAGUGGAAGAUUCCAAUUGACGGGCUCCAUGUGGAUGUGGAUUUGCAGGACAACUACCGCACUUUCACGCACAGCAAAAAGAAGUUUCCUGAUCCUAAAGAGAUGUUUGAUGCCUUGCACGAUUGGGGGUACAAAUGCAGCACAAACAUCACACCCAUCGUGAGCUGCAACACAGAUGAAAAUGGCGAGUACAGUCCGUACAAAGCCCUGGACACUGGAAAAGCCAGCGGCAUCUUUGUGAUGAACACACGGGAAGAUGGCAGUGGCACUCAUGAUGAAUACAUUGGUAACGUGAACUAUGGGCGCGGUCAUCUGACCUGGGGACACUACCCUGAUCUGGGACGGCUGGAUGCACAGAAAUGGUGGGGCGAGCAGUACCGUGAUCUGUUAGACUGGGGAGUGGACUUCGUGUGGCAAGACAUGACCACUCCAGCCAUGAAAGCGAGUGUUCAUCAGCCUGACUGUCCCUUGCUGUCAUUUCCUAUGGAUAUAAUGAUCAGUGACAACGAGGAAACCAGGUUUGUUAUUAGUCUGGUAACCAGGUCACUUACAGCCGUAAGGAAAGGAAAGAUCUUGGCAAAAGAAAUCAGUCCGCUACAUUCAAGGAUUUUUUUUGUCAAGGUCGGUGUUGUGACAGCAGUGGGGCUAAACCGCCAUGCGCUGAACUUGUAUGGUUUGCCUUAAGCUAAAAUUCUUCGCUGGGCUUUGAUAGUAGGCAACUAAAAGCAGGGAUUUACGAGUUAUUUCUGUUUACUUGGAGUACUUGUUUCUUUAUUUGUCUGCAUAGGUCCAAUGCUAUUGUACGUUAAUACCUGAUUACGGUUUUUUUCCUCUCCAAGGUACUCCAAAGUAAGCACCCAUCAUGACAAGAAACCAUUCGCCAAAAUCCGCUGUCUGUACAAUUACAAUCUCUGCAAAGCCACUUACCAGGGGCUGCAGCGUCUCCGACCAACCAAACGCCACUUCAUCAUCGCUCGUGGUGGCUUUGUCGGCGUCCAUCGCUAUGCUGGUCUGUGGACUGGGGAUAGUACAUCAAACUGGGAAUUCAUACAGAUGAACAUCCCAUUGGUGCUUGGCAUCGGCCUAUCUGCGCAGCCGGUCUCCGGCAGUGACAUUGGGGGCUUCUGUGCAGCAUGGCAAGGCCAGAUUGUGGAUUCCGAGAUGCUGGCGCGCUGGACCAUAAUGGGAGCGUUUCUUCCGUGGUUUCGAAACCACUAUGAUAACUACUACAAGCCAUACCAAGAGCCAUACCGCUAUGAAGAACCAGUUCCCACAAUCUGUCGAAAGUACAUUGAGUUGAGGUACAAACUUAUUCAGUACAUCUACGAUGCCAUGUAUGAGAACACGCAGACAGGUAAACCAAUCUGCCGGCCCCUGUUGAUGGAUGAGUACAAACCGGGAGAAUUCUAUAACGAUGCGCGCGCAGAUGACCCCCAUGAGUGGGGAUAUAACGGUUACACGGCCAACCGAUUGGAUGAUCAGUUCUUCUUGGGUAAAGACAUGAUGGUGGCACCCAUUGUCAAUCCAGGUUUGUUUAUUUUUUAAAAGGCCAUUUUUAUGUUCCACGCUGUAGACCUUAUCUGGUACUCAGGCCUCACACAGAAACCCUUGCCAUAACCUUGUUGCAAAAAUGGUAAAAUUCCCCCCCAAAAAAUGGUCAGUACUUUCCCAAAAUGCUCUGCACUUUUAGAGAACCCUCCGAGUACUUUUCUAAGACAACGCAUCUUAGCACAUAGCAACUGUACACCAGUGAGAGGAAAAGCCGUUCUCAAUUGUUAUUGUAUCAAAAGGUCAAACGAGCCGUGCUGUCUACCUCCCCGCUGGGGGUCAGUGGUACCGUUUUACAGAUGACAAGUAUCCACUGGAGGAUCCCGUCAAUGGUGGGGUGGAGUUCGAUUUCUACGCCCCUUGGGACGACCCUGACAAAGAUAACUGUGCCAUUUACAUCCGAGAAGGCGCCAUUAUACCCAAGCGUGAGGUUGAGCAGUACAUUGGUGAGCUGUAUCGUCACGGCAAGGUGAAUCCCAUCACGUUUAGUAUCUAUCCUGGCCGAGACAGCAGUUACAAGUUGUAUCUGGACGAUGACGGUGUGAGUAACAAGGCAGAGACCGCUGGCGAGUAUAGACUGACUGAAAUCAGUCAUCAAGGUAAGGCCGCAUGUAAAACGUCAUAUGAUUGGGUCGUAUUGCCUAAACAACAACUCUCUUAGGGUAUGACGUUGCCUGCGCUAAAAAUUCAGUGGUCAAGCGAGAGCAUACUGUGCGAACGUUGUAAUGUCGGAGGCACGCAUUCAGGCUGUCAGAAUCAAGUUGUCUCGCACGAGUUAUGAACAACUCCACAAGCCAGUAAUUCACGAUGUUAUAAAAGAGUAUAACUUUGUAUUGCCAAAGCUCAACACAGAAUAGCAAAUCAACAGGAUACCCGUACUUGAAUAAGCUUUAUGUUCGAAAACUUUCGAGUUCUCCCUUCCUUUACUUUCCUUUAACAAAAUUCCUCUGAAAGUUUCAAUCUUCUUUCGCCUAUCUUGUGAGACAGUGUUGUUUCUUGUGUUUUUUUUUUUAAUUUUACGCGGAAAAGUGGCGAGCGGCCGUCUAAAAUUGAUCCUCUCGUGCAUGCACGACGUUCGGACGGCUGUGUUACACUGGGGCAACCAAAUGAACAAGGUUUUAAAAGGUGAAAGGAAGCGUCGACAGAACUUUUUAUCUUUUUCUUUUUCAAUCAUUAUUUAACUCUUUCUUUUUCGAAAACCAGGAAUUGCAGGAGGUCAGCGGAUUCGUAUCAAGCGUCUGCACGAUAAAUUCAAACCACGCGAGACGUACUACUACCUUGGAAUGCCGGGAACGAUUUGUCCGACCUCCGUCAAGGCUGCUGGGAAAACCUUGCCAAAGAAAACCGGAAACACGGACGAAGAGGCCGCGAAAGCCUUGGUGGACUCCAUAGACACACCAGGAUCCUUUUACUAUAAUAAUUCAUUGAAUACAGCGUUCAUAAAGAUCUUCGACACGAUGAACGACAUCACAGUAGACGUAGUAUUCUGAAAUUUUUCAGAGAACGGACUGACAUUUUCCCGGCUAUCGCUCUGUCCUCGCUCGAACUGAACAAAAGAUAUGUUAGUUAGCAGACUGAGCGUGUUCAGUGAAAGUAAAUUGU